UCGUCACACGCUCAUUACAUUACACACUUCAAGCAAAGCAAAGGAAGCCGCUUCUUCCUCCUCCUCCUCACAUCUUAUUCAGUUAUUCGUCAGGAAGAAGAAGAAGAAGAAAAAAGAGUGCUAUAUUCCUCUCUGCAGAGUUAGUUCCAGCGGUUCGACGGCCAUGAGCUACCAGCAGGGAUACCCGCCCCAGGGCCACCAGCAGCAGCAGCAGGAGGCCUACGUGGCGCCGCCGCCGCCGCCGGCCGGCUACCCAAUGGAGAAGGACGACCAGCUGCAGCAGUCGUACCCCGCCGGCGCCGGAGCCGAAACCACGACCCGCGGCCACCACCACCACCACCACCACCAUGGCGGUCACCACGGCAACGGCGGAGGCGGCGGCGGCUUCCUGAGAGGAUGCUGCGCUGCGCUCUGCUGCUGCUGCCUCCUCGACGCCUGCUUCUGAGUUCCGAGAUUGCGUCCAUCGCGAUCCUGGCAUGCAUGAUGAGUAGCUUAGCUACGCGCCUAUGUGCAGUGCAGUUAUCUUGAUCAUUUGUUUGUGGGUUACUUCUCUAUGUAUCGAGGGAGUGUGUAUACUAGUAGCUCAGCACAUUUUGUUAUGUGUGAUGGUGGUGGUGGUAUUUUUUUUUUCCCGUUCUGUAUGAUUCGAAAUGGACGUACGUGUGCGACUCAUCCGGUGGCUUAUUCGCCUUGCUCGCCACUUCCCUUGUUGAAUUCAAGAUGAUGGUGCCUUUGUUGUGAAUACAGAAUUUGUGAAAUCUUUAGAUCUCUG